AUGGCUCCAGCGCAGAAACACGUCCAAAUGUGUGGCGAAGAGAUUCAAUCAGGACUGAAAAUCAGUCCUAUCACAUACGAUGCUGACAAAUUAAACGAAGCUCCACAGUACGAAAACAAUAAUACAGUGUUGAGGAACAGUGCUAAUGAUAAAGUGAAUAGUGAAGCAGACUUUGACAUUAAUAAAUAUGAAGCUAUAGAUUUUAAGGCAAAAAUUAGAUGGCCGGAUCUAACCGUGCAAAUACUUUUGCAUUUAGUAUCAAUUUAUGGAUUGUACCUGACGAUUAGUAACCAAGUGAAGAUAUUAACUUUAUUGUUUGCUUUAGGCACGAUAUACACGUCCGGGUUUGGAAUCACCGCGGGCGUUCAUAGGCUGUGGUCACACCGAGCAUACAGGGCGCGAUUACCACUGCGGAUAAUACUAGCGUUGCUGUUUACUGUUACUGGACAGCGUGAUAUAUACACAUGGGCGUUGGACCACAGAGUGCACCACAAGUAUGCGGAGACGGUGGCAGACCCUCAUGACAUCAGGCGCGGAUUUUGGUUCGCCCACGUCGGUUGGCUGGUGUUAACUCCACAUCCGGCUGUGGAAGACCGCCGCAUUGCACUAAAACCUACAUGUGCAGAUCUACUCGCUGAUCCAGUAGUCAGGUUACAAAAACAAUUCUUCAUUCCAUUGUUCGCGUUGCUGAACAUCGCGAUACCUAUCUGGGUGCCAUGGUACUGCUGGAACGAGACCCUGAUAAACAGUUUCGUCAUCAGCUUCGUGAUGAGGUUCACCAUCACGCUGAACAUCGCCUUCUGUGUCAACAGCUUCGCUCAUCUUUGGGGCAAUAAACCUUAUGACAGGUUCGUGAAAUCAGUGGAGAAUAGUCUAGUAAGUUUGGCAGCUCUUGGUGAAGGUUGGCACAACUACCACCAUGUUUUUCCCUGGGACUACAGGACCUCGGAGUUGGGCAAACUGAACAUUUCCACAGGCUUCAUUGACUUUUUCGCCAAGAUUGGAUGGGCUUAUGAUUUAAAAGCUGCUACAACCGAUAUGAUAUCAAACAGGGCUAAACGAUGCGGAGACGGAACUUUUGGAGAGUCCGAAGAGCCAUACCCAACUUCAGAUGUCAAAUGUCACUCCGAAUGA